AUGAAACUGGAAUUAUGUAAAGAAUGUGAUUGUGAUAGUCUUCUUGAAUUUUACUAUUAUUCACUGGCUGAACAAUUACAACAUAUUUUACUGAUACCAACUGUGUAUGAUCAAAUAACAGAACAGCGCGAACAAAAUGAAGAAAAGUUAAGACUAACAACAUAUGGUGAUAUACUUAUGAAUGAAUCUGACACAUCCUUUACAAUGAUAAUCAAUGCUGGCGGGAUCGUUUCCAAGAAUCAGCACGUGGCAUUAUGGCUGAUUAUGUCUAUGUUAAAUGAAAUACCAUUACCGACAAUUCGAUAUUCAGAAUCAAUUGUGCUUGGUGGUGAUAUUCCGGCCAAAAAGCAUCCAAGCAACAGAUCAUUCGAAACGAUACUAAACAUCAUAUCUCAACAGUGUAGAAACACUACAAUUCUACUUAAUUGCUGUUUGUUCUGA